GCCAUCUGCUGAUGUUGCAGCCAAAGCCACGUCAUAUUUUGUAUGCUUUGCUGAGUUAGGUCUGUGAAGUCUUUACUUUCUUAGGAAAAAUACCUUUGUGUAACUGAAAAUAUGAACAUAUUUCGACUAUUAGGCGAUUUAUCGCAUAUCCUUGCGAUCAUCAUUCUUCUACUUAAAAUAUGGAAGACACGGAGUUGUGCCGGUAUUAGUGGCAAAUCGCAAAUCUUAUUUGCAAUUGUAUAUACAAUGCGUUACCUAGAUUUGAUGACAACAUACAUUUCAGCAUACAAUACAUUUAUGAAAAUCAUUUUUAUAGUUACUUCCUAUGCUACAGUGUUUUUAAUGUAUAUGAAAUUUAAAGCAACAUAUGACCAUAACCAUGAUACAUUUAGAAUCGAGUUUUUAAUUUUGCCAACAUUAGUAUUGGCAUUACUAAUCAACCAUGAAUUUACUGCUGUUGAGGUUCUAUGGACAUUCAGCAUUUACCUAGAAUCUGUAGCAAUACUGCCACAAUUAUUUUUGGUGUCGAAAACAGGGGAAGCAGAAAGCAUUACCAGUCACUACCUCUUCGCUUUGGGCUCGUAUAGAGGACUCUACUUGUUAAAUUGGAUGUAUCGUUAUUACGCAGAAGACCAUUAUGAUCUAAUUGCUAUAGUUGCUGGUUUAGUACAAACAGUUCUUUAUUGUGACUUUUUCUACCUCUAUAUUACCAAAGUACUCAAAGGCAAAAAAUUACAAUUACCUGCUUAGUUUUGUAAAAGUAUUAUUAUUUGGAAAAAAAUGUAAACGCUCUCCUUGGCGGUAUUAUAUUGAUUGAGUUUAUAUAAAUUUUGGCAAUAUAUAAACAAUUAAGGAAUGCUGCUGUAUAAAGUAUCAAUUUUAUUAAGCACAAAGCAUUCCAAUUUCUCAUACUUUCGCAGAAUGUCAAUACGUGUAACUGUCCAACUUAAUUCCAUGUGGUUACAUGUACCUUUUGGAAUCUUAUUCUUAUUGAUUUCAUAAAGUCACAUUUUUUUUUUCAAAUAUAUGACAGAAUGAAGUAGCUGCAUAUUUCACAAAUUAGUGAGUAAUAUAUCAAAUACAAAACUGAGACAAAAUUUA